CUGUUCGGAAGGGAAGGAGGAGAAAGCAGGGCCGCUCAGUCCGCCGUGGGGCUGCGGGGCAGCGGGGCUGCGAACUCCACACCGAGCCCGGGUUGGACAUAAGGACCGAGGAGUACCGGAGAAAAGCGGCGCUUUAACCGCGUUUGGGGAUCUAUAUUACCUGCUGUCGGUAUUCCCGCCCGCGGAGGGUUACGGUUCACCGCUCUGCUUUACGGGUUAGGGUCCGGGAGCCUGAGCGGAGCGGAGCGGCGCGGAGACUGCAGCCGGAGAAGAGGCGCUGCUGGACGGACUCGGGGCUGGAUGCGCCCGGCCUGCUCCUCCCCAGCGGCCCGCCAUGGGGGAGACCAAGAUCAUCUACCACCUCGACGACCAGGAGACACCUUACCUGGUCAAACUCCCCAUCCCGGCCGAGAGGGUCACCCUGGCCGACUUCAAACAUGUCCUUAAUAAGCCGAAUUACAAAUUCUUCUUCAAAUCAAUGGACGAUGAUUUCGGGGUUGUUAAGGAAGAGAUAUCAGAUGAUAACGCCAAAUUACCCUGUUUCAACGGCCGUGUCGUGUCAUGGCUGGUGUCGGCGGAUGGCUCCCAUGGUUCGGAUGGAGGUUCAGCAUGUGGUGCUGAAAGUCAGGCGGAGCUCCCCCCUCCUUUAGAACGAACGGGGGGCAUCGGGGACUCCAGACCACCCUCAUUCCAUGCCAAUGCAGCAGGCAGUCAGGACAACCUGGACAAUGAGACGGAGCCGGAGGUGGGACCCUCAGCACGGCGAGACCAGGACCGAGACAGAGAGAGGGAUAGAGAGAGAGAGAGACCACGCAGGAAAGACACGCAUGACCACGGUGGCAGGUUGAACGGUCACUCUCGGCCGGAGCGCAGGCCGGAUGUUGCGGGUUAUGAAAGUUCCUCUACGCUGAUGAGCAGCGAACUGGACACUACCAGCUUCUUCGACUCAGAGGAGGAUGACUCCGCCAGCCGCUUCAGCAGCUCCACAGAGCAGAGCACGUCAUCCAGGCUCAUGAGACGCCAUCGCCGCCGACGCAGGAAACCCAAAGCACCUCGGAUGGAGAGGUCGUCCUCGUUCAGCAGUAUUACUGACUCCACCAUGUCUCUGAACAUCAUCACUGUCACAUUAAACAUGGAGAAGUAUAACUUUCUGGGCAUCAGUAUUGUGGGUCAGAGUAACGAGAGAGGAGACGGUGGAAUCUACAUCGGGUCCAUCAUGAAGGGCGGAGCCGUGGCGGCUGACGGACGCAUCGAACCAGGAGACAUGCUGCUUCAGGUGAAUGACAUCAACUUUGAGAACAUGAGUAAUGAUGAUGCUGUGAGGGUGCUGAGAGAAAUCGUGCACAAACCCGGCCCCAUCACGCUGACCGUCGCCAAGUGCUGGGAUCCAAACCCCCGUGGCUGCUUCACCCUCCCCCGGAGUGAGCCGAUCCGUCCGAUAGACCCUGCUGCGUGGGUGUCUCACACCGCGGCCAUGACGGGGGCGUACCCUGUGUACGGUAUGAGCCCUUCCAUGAGCACCAUCACUUCCACCAGCUCCUCCAUCACCAGCUCCAUUCCAGAGACCGAACGAUUCGAGGAGUUUCAUCUGUCCAUCCACAGCGACAUGGCAACCAUCGCUAAAGCCAUGGCGUCUCCGGAGUCGGGGCUGGAGGUGCGGGACAGAAUGUGGCUGAAGAUCACCAUCCCGAACGCCUUCAUAGGUUCAGACGUGGUGGACUGGCUCUUUCAUCAUGUGGAAGGUUUUACAGACAGACGAGAAGCUCGCAAGUAUGCCAGCAACUUACUGAAGGCCGGCUACAUCCGGCACACUGUCAACAAGAUCACCUUCUCCGAGCAGUGCUACUAUAUCUUCGGAGAUCUCUGUGGCAACAUGGCUAAUCUCACCCUGCAUGACCAUGAUGGCUCUAGUGGGGCGUCUGACCAGGACACUUUAGCCCCCCUGCCUCAUCCCGGGGCAGCCCCGUGGCCCCUUCCCUUCCCCUACCAGUACCCCAUCCCUCACCCCUACAACCCCCACCCAGUGCACGAGCCCACCUACAGCUAUACGGUCGGUGGAGGCAGCGCUGGCAGUCCACACAGUGAAGGUAGUCGCAGCAGUGGUUCGAACCGCAGUGGCACUAAAGCAGGAGCGGUGGAGACGAAGUCCGGCGGUAGCGGAAGUGAAUCAGAGAAAAAAGACAAGGCUCCCAGUGAACGCUCAGCGGCGCCCCCUAGCGAGCACAGUGUCCGCAGCACACACAGCGUCCACAGCAUCCACAGCGUUCGCAGCGUCCACAGCGUGCACAGCGUCCAAUCACACGGCCAGAACCUGGUCUACGGACCUCCAGGCCUGCCCCCCCAGCUUCCCACUGUAGCAGCCGCACCCGGAUCCCCCCCUGGCAGGGACUUAGCCUCAGUGCCCCCUGAACUCACCGCCUCACGCCAGUCCUUCCGCAUGGCCAUGGGAAACCCCAGCGAGUUCUUCGUGGACGUCAUGUGACCCGCGGCUGGAGCCCCUGAGGGCUGACUGUAACACUAUAGAGCUGAAGUGAAGCAGAGAAGAGAGAGAAAGCCUGGAUCAGCGGAGAUACGUGUUUGUCCCUGGCCUCGUCCCUCCUGUGGCUUGUAGUUUCUUCAGUGAAGAAGACUGGGAUGGAGCACUAAUCCCUCAGAGGCUCGUGGUCUCCAUCAGAUCGAGGGAUGGAGGGAUGGAGGGAUGGAGAGAUGGAAGGACGGGAUGGGUGAAGCUUUUUGUUUUCCGUGUCCUUUUUUAUGUACUUUUCUUGCUUUUGCAACUUUGUUCCUAUCAGCAGUUUUUCUUAACCAGUUAAAAAAGCCCUUUUUUAUCAAAGACUACUACUAAAAAAACAGAGGAGCGGAGCGAACAGCGGAAGAGCAGAGUGGGAGGAGGCACAAUCUCUCACUGUGACUUGUCUUUUGCUUUUAAACGAUGAAGUGAAAUAAUUUCAUAAUGAUUUAAAAAGAAAACGAUGAGAAAACUACAGACAAUUGUUUUAUAUUUGUCUUUUUUUUUUCAUUCAUGUCUAUUUUCAGUAAUCAUAUGGAGAGUGCAGAAGGAGGGAGGCGGGUGGUAGAUAUUCUACACUUGGGCUUCACAAGUUUUUUUCCAAUAAAAAAAAUGGUUGCACUUUAUUUAUACUAAAAUAGGGGUGGACGAUAUGGCCAAAAUUUAUAUUACAAUUUAUUUCUUAAAGGAUACAUAUAAUGCAAAAUCCAAGAAGACCCAGUGUCCAGUCAGACCACACCUGUAAUCACCUACAGUAUUUAUAUAUUUAUAUUUACAGCAUUUAUCUGAAGCUCUUAUCCAGAGUGACUUACAAGGUUAUUUCUAUACAGUGGUGGGCCAGUGUAGUGUUAGGAGUCUUGCCCAAGGACUCUUAUUGGUGUAGCACAGCAUUCAGUCACACAGACCUGGAUUUGAACCCCAGUCUUCCACAUGAUAGCUUACUGGCAGGUGGUGGUUUUAUCCACUGCACCACACC